CGUCGCCGCCACCACCCCUCCCUCUCUCUCUCUCUCUCCGCCCGCUCCGGCCACCCGCUGCGGCCACCCGCCGCCGCCGCGCGCCGCUCACGUGAUCCGCUGCCGUCGUCGUUGUAUGUUGAUAUGUCCACCGCGUCGCCGUUCUUCCUCGGCGCGGAGAUGCGAUCGCCGCCGCCGCCGCCUUCAUUCCCGCCGACGUCUUCGCUGUCGAGCCUGAGCCCGAGCGUCAUCAUCACGCUCAUGGUCCUGUCCCUGGCCAUCAUCGUCGCCACCUGCGCCUGCCUCCUCUUCCGUCACCUCCACCGCCUCCCCCUCCCUCGCUGCCUCCUCCUCCUCCACCACCGUCACCGCCACCUCUCCUCCUCGGCCUCCUCCUCGUCGCCUCCGCCGCCUCUCCGCUCCUCCGCCGCCGCCGCCGCUGCUGCUCCUCCUCCUCAUCCAGACACCGUCCGUGACGACUCCUUCAUCGACUCGCUCCCUCUCUUCUCCUUCUCCUCCGUCACGCGCCGCUCCUCCGCGGCAUCCGACGGGGACUGCGCCGUCUGCCUCUGCAAGUUCAAGCCCCACGACCUGCUCCGGCUGCUCCCCCUGUGCUGCCACGCCUUCCACGCCGAGUGCAUCGACACGUGGCUCCAGACGAACCGCACGUGCCCGCUCUGCCGCUCCAACGUCCACGCCAGCGAGGCCGACCUCGAGGCCCUGCUCCAGUCGUCGGCGAGAAUCGGCGCGGGCGACGGCGGCGGAGGCGGAGGGAGCUUCAGGCUCGAGAUCGGCUCCGUCAGCCUGCGCCGGUCCUCCGUCGACGGCGGCAGCGGGGCCGAGGCGCGGCGGUCCUACUCCAUCGGCUCCUUCGACUACGUCGUGGAAGCGGACUCGGAGGUCGCGGUCGCCGGCGAUCGUCACCGGAGGAGCGUCUCGGACAAGGAGGACGGCGCGGCGGACGCCAGCCUCGCCGCGGACGUCGCCGCGGGGGGGCGGAGCUGGCUCGGGGAGUACAUGGACCGGCUCUCCGCCUCGCUCUCGUCGCGGACCGCGUCCUUCCGGAGCUCGAGGAGGUUCUUCACCGGGAGCAGCCGCCGGAGCGAGGCCUCCGGUGUCGGCGACUGGGACCUGGAGGCCAGCCGCGUCGGAGAAGAGAUCAGCGAGCUCUUCCGAUGGGUCUCAGGGGUAUGACCGGUAACGGUAAGACGACGGAAGCAAGCAAACACGAAAUCUCUCUCCCCGCACCGCACACACUUGCUACCUCCACUCCCGCUCCACACUCGGAGCGCGCGUAGCAAAGAAAAACUCGGAGCGGCGAUAGCAGAAACAGGGCCAGGGGGGGGGCGCUCGUGACGCACGAGCUCCCCGGAAAAUUAAUUCUUUUUUAAUAUUUUUUUUUCUCUUGUCAA